AUGGGCAACAGUGUUUCUAAAAAACGAAAAGAACGACCGAGUGUUAUUCGCACAGAAAUUCCAGAUAAUGAAUAUUCCAAUACAACCGCAACAUCCAUAAACUCCAUUCUCGUCAAUUCCAACAAACAGCAGCAAAUGAAUACCAAUGAAGCUUCGGUGACGUCGAAUACCGACUUGAACCAAAUGAGUUAUAAUUCUCAGAAUCAACUCACAGCGACGUCCAUGCGUUCCAUUGGAAGAAACCUCGACAUUGACGAAUGUAUCGAUCGACUAUUGGAAGUGGGCAUGAGUGGCAAAAUAUCCAAAUCCGUGUGUUUCAAAAACUCUGAAAUUGUUGCAAUCUGUCGAGCCGCACAAGAAGCUUUUAUGUGUCAACCUAGCUUAAUAGAACUUAAUCCUCCGGUCAAGAUCCUGGGUGAUAUUCACGGACAGUAUCAUGAUUUGAUUCGAUUAUUUGAAAUGGGCGGCUUUCCACCCGAAUCCAACUAUUUAUUUCUGGGCGACUACGUUGAUCGAGGCAAACAAAGUUUGGAAACCAUCUUGUUGCUGUUUUGUUACAAGAUCAAGUUUCCCGAAAACUUCUUCCUGCUGCGAGGUAACCAUGAAUGCGCCAAUGUUACACGAGUGUAUGGUUUCUACGAUGAAUGCAAACGACGUACCAACGUCAAGAUCUGGAAAACGUUUGUGGAUGUAUUCAAUUGCUUACCAAUUGCAGCGCUGGUGGCGGGUAAAAUCUUUUGUGUUCACGGUGGUCUGAGCCCGUCGUUGAACACCAUGGAUGAUGUACGUAAUAUUAUGCGUCCUACCGACGUUCCCGAAUAUGGUCUUUUGAACGAUUUGGUGUGGUCCGACCCAUCCGAGACCGCCAUUGAAUGGGAAGAUAACGAACGAGGCGUGUCCUAUUGCUUUGGCAAGAAAAUCGUCAAUGAGUUUUUAGCCAAACACGAUCUGGAUUUGGUAUGCCGAGCCCACAUGGUCGUGGAAGAUGGUUACGAAUUUUUCAACGAACGCACUCUUGUCACGGUAUUUUCGGCACCUAAUUACUGUGGCGAAUUCGAUAACUUUGGUGCAAUCAUGAGUAUCAAUGAAGAGUUACUAUGCAGCUUUGAACUGCUGACACCAAUUGAUCAUCCACCGGCGGCUAUGGCAGCGCUCAACAAAAAUAGGGGCCGAAGACCAAGUCCUCCUAUGAUUGAACCUUCGUCACUCCCUGAAUAAUCGAUACUAGAUCUGAUUCUGUAGCUACCUAUUAUACUAUUGCUUUUUUUCUUCUUUUCUUGUCAACGUCCGCUUUUCUUCUCUCAAACACACACACCCAACCCCUGUCUCACCUUUUUUUCUGAACCUUUUUUUUUCGUGUCAACCUGUCUUCUUUUCCACGAUCCAGCGAUUGCCUCAUGCUUUUAUACACAUACAUACAAGUCUAGUCUUUUUUUCUUUUCCUUGUUCUUCUUUUUCUCUACUUUAUAUUUUUUUUUUUGGAUCCCCAUUCUAGGUAGUGGUUGUUUGCCACUUCUUCUUAAUAGUUAUGAUCGGUCUUUUUCUUUUCACUGGGUUUACCCACGUCUCUUCGAUAUUACCCUCACCAAAGGUAACAACGACCCUUUGAACGCUGGAAUUUGGGAGCAAUCGUCCUUCAUUGCUCGUUGUAAAAAAUCUGCACAACUUUCCGGGGGAGAGAAAAAAGGAUGUAGAAAUGGAUCACCG